AUGUCACAACUCUCAUCAACCCGCUAUAACGUAACUACAGCGUGCGAUUCUUGUAGAAAGUUAAAAACUAGAUGCUCAAAGCCUCCAAGGUGUACCGAAUGUAUCAUGAGUGCACUUUCACAGAAAAACAAAAGACGUGGGCCAAAACCAAAAUUAUUAGAUCCAGAAGAAAUAAAUUUAUUAGAUCCAAAAGAAAUAAAUUUAUUAGAUCCAGAAGAAAUAAAUUUAUUAGAUCCAGAAAUAAAAUGCUUCGAAAACUUGUACAGUAAAGAACAACUGUCUCGAAUAAUUAAGAUACUCAAUUCUAAGAAUUCUCAACCUUGUCAAUAUAAAAAUAUUCCUGGCCAUAAUUGUCAUAAAGUCAAAGCGGAUUCGAGGCCACAUGAUCCCGAAAAUCUCAAAAAUCCCCAGGAACCUAAAAAUCCUAACCAAGGAUUUCUAAUGGGUGCUUUUAGGCAUCUUCCACAAAAUUAG